UACUGAUAACCAAGUUUCCACAAGUGUCAAUGUCAGAGCUCUCGGGUUUGUGCUUAUUGGAAAUAUUGUUUGUUCAAAUUUUCCUUUUCUCUCUUCUUCUAUAUUUAGCUUUGUUCUCUACUAUUCACAUUCUUCGAUCGUAUAUGCUUUUCAGUGAUCAACUUAUAUAUGCAUGUGAAAUUGCUCGUGUUCUCUUCAAAGUCUUGGAGCUUCUUUCGAAAGAUGUACCACUGACUUUUGGGAGUCUGGAAGCCUACACUGAAGUCAAACAACUAGCCAAAAUCUUUAGGCUUUACAACAUUAUUCCCCAAUUUGAUAAUAAUGAAAAUCAUUCUAUAAGGAGACUACCUGAGUUGCAAACUGCUAUAAAUGCACUUAAUCACCACCCGUGGUCGGCGCCAACUCACGAAAAUAAACGGGAUGAAGAAAUAAUCUUAGGGAUGUUAGAACAGGUUGAUAAUCCGAGCGCAUCUGGAUCUCACGAAAGACCUGCCUGCCAAGAGUCCGAACCCGCGAUACCAGAAAUGGAGACCGCGGAUAAGCCUGCUCAGCUCAGCAUACAAGUACCCGAAUUAUUGAUAUUUCUUUUUUCAGUACAUGUUCUUAUUUUCUUAGUAUUGUUCGUAGUAUUUAUUAUAAAUUUAUGUGCUGAACCUAAUAACCAAAACGGUGCUGUUUAACUAUGUAAAC